AUGUAUAUCUGCCCUUGGGAAAAUUCACAGGACUGUCUUUCUCCACAUUUGGGGACUUCUUCCUCACCCAUUUCUUCAUCACACAUGGAUGCCUCCUCAUCCAAUUCCUUCUCAGAAUCCCCACAUCACACAAUGCUUAGCGGGGAGAAGGGCCCUGCAGGUCCAGGGGGGCUGAUAGGAUCAGGCACCAAAGAAAGGAGUGCAGGAGAAACUGGGCAGGAUUCACCGAACGAGGGAGCCUUCCGGAAUCCCUGGAACACGCCAACUGCCCUGGCGCUGGGGGACAAAGCCGUUAAGAGCACAGAGGAAUCAGUGAGUGUCAUCUCUGGAAAGAUACUGAGACAUCAGCUGAGCCAGUGUUGGAAUGCAAGCCCACUACAGGGCAGAGACUGA